GUAUCCUUACACUUCAUCAACCCCUUCAACACUUCCUUCACUUCAGAAUGGCCAGGCCCUUCACGCUUUCUCUUCUUUCUCUUUGCGUGCUGCUCUCUGCCAGGUCAUGCUUUGGUAGUAGCUCCAGCACCAACAGGUUCAACCGCUGCCAAUUCAACAGCCUCAACGCGCUGAAACCCGACCACCGCGUUGAGACCGACGGUGGUUUGGUCGAGACCUGGAGUUCUAGACACCCUGAGCUGGAAUGUGCUGGCGUCACUGCUACCAGACGCACCUUAUACCGUAAUGGCCUCCAGAUGCCAUCUUACUCACCUUAUUCCCAGAUGAUCAUCGUUAUCCAAGGAAAGGGAGCAUUUGGACUUGCAUUAUCGGGAUGUGCUGAGACAUAUGAGGAGCCGGCGAAGGAAUCUAGUUCCAGUUCGCAUAAGCCAUCGGACAGCCACCAGAAGAUUCAUCAGUCCGGUCCAGGUCACGUAAUCUUGAUUCCCCGUGGUGUUCCUUUUUGGAUCUUCAACACUGGCGAUGAACCUCUUAUUACUGUCACUCUUCUUGACACCGUCAGUGAAGACAACCAGCUUGAUCAAAGUCCCAGAGAGUUUUACCUUGCUGGUAACCCGGAUAUAGAGCACCCAGAGGCAAUGAAAGAAAAGCAGCAGCAGCAGGCGGAGGAAGAAGGUGGCAACGUGCUCAGUGGCUUCGGAAAACGCUUUUUAGCACGAGCCCUCAACAUCGACCAAGACAUAGCAAACAAGCUUAUCUCUCCGGACGAUGAAAUGAAGCAGAUCGUUAAACUGAAGGAAGGCCUCAGCGUGAUCAGCCCCAAGUGGCAAGGACAACAAGAGGAUGAAGAUGAAGAUGACGACGAUGAAGAUGAAGAUGAAGAUGAAUCUGUGUCUCGUCCUUCACGGCGACCAAGCCACGGAAAGCGUGUACGCAAAGAAGAGGAAAAAGAGGUUGAACCUUAUGGAAAGCAUGUACACAAAGAGGUGGAAAAGGAGGUUGAACCUCUCCCUCCUCGAAAGCAUGUACACAAAGAGGAAGAAAAAGAAAUUGAACCACUCCCUCCACGACGAUCAAGACAUCACCAUGAUGAGGAUGAGGAUGAGGAUGAGGAUGAAGAAGAAAAGCCUCGCCGCACUCGGGGACCAACCCCAAGCCCCAAAGGAGAAGGACACAGAGGGGUGGAAGUGGAGGAGGAUGAAUCUGAUGAGUCAGUGCGACACAAGACCCGCCACGAAAAGAGUUGGAAAGAGCAUAGACCAGCACAAGAAGAUGUAGAAAGAGGAGAAGCACACGAAGAGUGGGAGACAAGACCAAGUAAAGACAAGCGCCAUGGAUCAAAUGGGCUUGAGGAAACAAUCUGCUCCUCAAAGCUUCAAUUCAACAUUGCUCGCCCUAAAUCGGCUGACUUCUACAACCCUAAAGCCGGUCGCAUCAAAAACCUCAACAGCCAAAGCUUACCAGCUCUCCGAAACUUCGGACUUAGUGCCCAGUAUGUUGUCCUCUACAAGAAUGGAAUCUACUCUCCCCAUUGGAAUAUGGAUGCAAACAGUGUGAUAUACGUGAUCCGAGGGCAAGGACAAGUUAGAGUGGUGAACAACGAAGGGAUUAUGGUGUUCGACGAUGAACUAAGUAAGGGACAGUUGCUGGUGGUGCCACAGAACUUUAUGGUGGCGGAAGAAGCUGGAGAUCAAGGAUUUGAGUACGUAGUGUUCAAGACAAACGACAACGCCGUCACCAGCUACCUGAAGGAGACGUUCAGGGCAUUCCCUGCUGAGGUUCUUGCCAAUAUUUACAAGCUAAAACAGAGUCAAGUGUAUGACCUCAAGUACAAUGGAAACUGGGGCCCUUUGGCAAAUCCUGUUCAGUCUCAGGAUCAAUCAUCUUGAACAACAAGCAUAUCCAUGAUGGUAUAUGGCAUCUGUGGCCAUCUUAUGAAAUAAUAAUAAAUUUUGCACGUCCAAUUAGUAAUAAUAGUAAUAAAUAAAUAAAUAAAAGAAUGCCCUAUGUACCAUCCGAGCAAGCUUUUGUUAAAUCUGAGUGGUUCUCUACACUCAUGAGAGAUUAUGUACCUUUGAAUCGCCUUUAUUAAUUUCAAGUUUUGCCUUUAUUCCU